AUGAACGAGUUACUGGACCCAACCUCCCAGGCCAACCUGGGCGUUGUCUCUGCCACCUGCGUCUCCAAGGUGGAGCUGCGGGUCAGCUGCAAGCACCUGCUUGACCGCGACACGCUCAACAAGUCGGAUCCCUGCGUGGUGCUCCUCAUGCAGUCCCAAGGGCAGUGGAUGGAGGUAGGCAAUAGGCUCACGGGGAACGGAAGGUCAGAAUGGGGGGGGGGAGGCAAGGCGGGCUGGUGAGAGAUGGGAGGAUGGUGUUGCUAAGCAACCAGGUUGGUUUCACCUGCUGCCCUGCAACCAUCUUCAGCAGGCGCAGAGCAGAGUGAACCAACUGCUGGUGCUGGAAGCACAAGGUGCCACUGCUGCAGGGGCCCUCCCCUUUCUCUCACCUCUUCUUCUAGGCAUUAUUUGAGGUAUAUAGGGCCCUAUGCUAUAGCUCAUCAUCUUUUAGCUCAUCCUGGUCAUGAAACUGACUCAGGGCACCCUCCUCCAAUUUCCACCCAUAUAGAAGUGCAAGGGUGUAUUUCUGAGAAGCGUUUUUGAUGGUGGUUCUGCUUUUAUGGACCUGUAAAAGUCUGAGUAUAAGCCUUUUCUAGAUGGACUGGCUUUUGUGGACCAGGGUUGAGCUAGUGGAAGGGCAGGGCUUUCAAAAUAAUGAUUUCAACUGUUGAACUGGAUCUCACUGAGCUUCUAGGAAGGAGAGACAUGAAUGGGUUUUUGAACGAAUGAGUGAAUGAAUGAAUGGAUGGAUGCAAACCUUUGCAAUCCUCAUUGCCUGGAUGGCUUCACUUGGACAAGGCUCAUGAGGAGAUCAUGGAAAUUGGAAACUGGCCUGCCCCUUUGAACUAUAGAGCAGAAAGAUGGGUUCACUGUUUGCUUCCAGAAUGGCAGCUCCCAGGGUGUGGUGCUUGCCAUGCAGCCGUGUUUCAGCCACCACAUAGGCUUGUAAUGGUUGAAUUCCUGUCCACUGGUGGGAACAAUUGUAGGCUACUUUGUAGGAGUGUGGGUUUGUGUGUGGGAGGUUCAGAGGGCCACAAAGGGCUGGCUUUGGGGAAGAGGGGAGGUGGGACAUAGCCCCACUUCCAAUAGCCUUGCAUUAAUUGCCCAGGUGUCUUGGUUUUACAAGGCCCAGCACAAUUGAUUUGGCGGAGAUUCAUUAGACAAAUUUUAUCAUGUUCGAACUCAGAUUGCCUGAUUUGCGCUCAAGAAGGACUAUUUCCCCCUCCCCACACACUAUAAAGUUCAACUGAUUAGUAACUUAGGGCUGUCACUUGAUUAAAGAAAUCUUACUCAGUUAAUCCUAUGAGAUUUAGUUAAUUAAUCUAGCAAUUAAAACUGCAUAUAUUUUCAUGUGGGUAAAACCAUAUUCCUGAAGCAAAAUGAAGACGUUUUUAGAGGAAGGAUGCCUCUGUUAUAUUUGCAAUGUUUUCCCCCUUCUCCAUGAGAGAGUAAAGGCAGGGCCUCUUUUAAGAGGGUACCUGCCAUCUGCAGUUUUUACAAUUUUGUGUGUGUAUGUGUGUGUCCGUGUAAUUUUAAAGCAGGAGCCUGGUUAACUGGGGGACACUUUUUAGUAAAUUUUAAAAAAAUAAUAAUAAUGAAGCUAACUGAUUGGUUAAAGAUUGUAAUAAUAAUAAUAAUAAUAAUAAUAAUAAUAAUUUAUUUAUAUCCCGCCCUCCCCAGCCAAAGCUGGGCUCAGAGCAGCUAACAACAGUAAAAAUAGCACAGUUUACGUAAAAUCACAAUCAAUUAAUUGAAAUACAUUCUAAAAUCAAUUCAUUCUACAAUCAAUUCAGAAUGAAAUUAAUGGCAACCAUUGGGCUAGAGUUCUUUGAGGAUUACAGAAGGAGGGGGUCAGACUGUGCCUUGGCCAAAGGCCUGGUGGAACAGCUCUGUCUUGCAGGCCCUGCGAAAAGAUGUCAAGUCCCGCAGGGCCCUAGUCGCUUGUGACAGAGCGUUCCACCAGAUUGGGGCCACAGCCGAAAAAGCCCUGGCUCUGGUUGAGGCCAGCCUAACCUCCCUGUGGCCCGGGAUCUCCAAGAUGUUUUUAUUUGAAGACUGUAAGGUCCUCCGUGGGACAUACCAGGAGAGGCGGUCCCGUAGGUACGAGGGUCCUAGGCUGUAUAGGGCUUUGAAGGUUAAAACCAGCACCUCAAACCUGAUUCUGUACUCCACUGGGAGCCAGUGCAGCUGGUAUAGCACUGGGUGAAUAUGAUCCCGUGGCAAGGGAUGUUGCUGUAUAAGGGACAUUUUGUCUUCCUUCAUAAAUGCAGCUUGGCUCACUCUGGAGCUCUGAGCUUGGCUGGCUCCAGCCUGUUUUGCGUUGGCUCUUACCUUGCUAUGGUGGACUGGACUGCAUACACCUAAUGUGCAAAACCUCUCUCUGGCCCUGGGCACACCCCAUUUCAGGCCACACCCCCUUUCUCCAGGCCACACCCACCACUGACCCUAUUUUGGUCAUAGAGAUUUUUUUCUCUCUGGUUAUGGAGUGUUCCCAUAAACACUGAUAACAACUCUUGUUUACCAGGAUGGAGGACCGAGAAGGAUGUGUGAGGGUGUAGAAACGAGCCUCCUGUACAAAAGUAAAAUCUGCAUUUCUUGCUCUGCCUACUUUUGCCUGUGGCCCCACUCACCACUGGCAUGCGGCCCUUGCUAGGUCACCCAGAAGGGAAUGUGGCUCUCGGGUUGAAAAGGGCUCCUCACCCAUUGCAUAGACCUAUGCCACAGGUUGUGUGCUAGGGGAGUUAAUUUGAGGAUGGUUCUACCUUGCCGUGGUGGUGCUUGAAUCUCGAACAGCUCCAGUAUGUCUUUUUACCCCUUCCCAUUCUCUGGCAACUCCCAGCCUAGAAGGGAAUCUAUUGGGAGAUGCAGCAAUGCAAUGGAAGGGUCUUUCUGGAGAUGCUACUCUCAAGCACAUCUUUGGUGAGCAUUAAUGCAUCUCUGUCAAUCUACUGAGUGCUUUGUAAGAGUUAAAUACAAAUGGAUCCCUACUGAAAGCACUUAACUGAUGCUGAAGGCAGGAGCACUUCUGGAGUAGCGUGUGCCAGGCAUUCUUACCCUUAGCUUCAACUGAUGCUGGUUCCUGCUGGCUGUGAACUGUCAAACUGGGAAGAGGAUACCAGGUCCCCUGCCAGCCUCAGUGGCUAAUUUCUAAGAUCAAGGCACUGGGGAGGCCCAGGUUUGCCCUGGACAGCAUCCCUGGCCUUUGCUUUCCAAUAGGAGAUGACGGGCUGUGGCCACUCAGUAAGCAAAAUGCAUUUGCAUCACAAACUCACCUUCUCAUCUGCUUAAUUAUUUACAGGUUAAAUGUGUCUGGUAAUAAACCAGAGAUAAAAAAGCAAACAGUUAAAAAGAGAGAGGAGAUACCAAUAAAUGCUAUUAAAAUCUGGAACGUUUUCUAUGCGAAGCUUGAAGAAUGCACAUUCAUAGUGCUUUGAUAAAUGGGAAUAGAAGAAUCUGCAUUUCUAAUUUGUGGUUAGUGAUGAUAGUGACCUUAAUUAUUUCUUCAGCUGUUCACAAUAAUUUAAAAUAAUAAUGAUAAAUAAUCUUAUAAAUGAAUAGAACUCUGUCCCCACAGAGGGGUGCAUGGCCUCUAUGCUAUGGAUUUUUAAACUGAUUUAGAAACCAUGCCUUUUCUCUGCUUCCUUUUCAUAAAGGCUUUCUUUGCAGCGCUGUUACAAAAUUAUAGCUCUGCUUAGCUGUUUUUGUUAGUCUUUGUAACUGUUUUAAGCUGGCCUUUUAUAGUAAUUGUCAGUGCUGUUGCCGUUGAUUAUUAUUUUUAAAAAGAUAGUAUUUAUUUAUUUAUUUUUUCUGAUAAUGUGAGCCACCUUGGGACAGCAAUGCCCCAAAAUGCAGCAUGUAAGUAAUUUAAUUAAUAAACAGUGUUAUGGUUGACAUCUGUCCGCCUUGGGAGACAAUAAAGAGGUGCGCCUUUGGUGGUGAAGUCAAACUGCUGGAGAGUUACAGCACCUGCUGUGGCUGUAGAGACUGAUACGGGAAAGACAUGUUUUGUUGCAGCUGGGACCGAUGAAGGCGUCUGGUUGUGCUGCUGCAGAUGCACCAAGGCGUUUCUUCUGUCUGUGUUCGUCUCAGUAGUCAUUCCUUUUCUGGUCACUGCUAUGGCUGCACAACAUAGUGGGUAAGGUUCAUUACAACUCCUAGAAGAGAUGCAGUCCCUCCUUGCCCAGAGGACCGCAACUGCAUGAGACCUGGUGUGGGGAGCCUUGGGAAAGCUAGAUGUUGCUGAACUAUAAACCCCAUCAGCCCCCAGCAAACAUGGCCAAUGGCCAGGGACAAUGGGAGCCGUUGAUCAGCAAAAUCUUCAGGGCAAAAAGUUCCCCAGACCUGCGUUAGAUGGACAAGCUGCCUAGAAUUUUGAACUUCUGCUCCCUGAUCCCAGAAGCAUGGAAAGUUGGUGGAGAUUAUUCAGUGAGGUGAAGGCAAUGCCCUCUUGAUGUGCUCUGAGGCACCCUUCUCCGUUAUCAAGUCACAUACCUCAGGAGUAAGCCCUGACGUUGAACAAGGAGAUGUUCUGGAACUAAACCAUGAUUACUUGUGGCUUCAAUUCCAGGUCAGCUCUGAGGAAUUUUCCUGCCUGAGCUAAGGGCAAAGUGGUCUGUAUCCCCCACCACUCCCAAGCUGCAUACCAAGUAGAUAAACCAAUCAGGAAAGAUGGAAAGGAUUUGUUGACCUAAUUAUUAGGUUAAAUUAGGUUAGGUAAAUUUUUUAACAAAAAUUGAGAAAGAUGGAAAGAAUUUGCUGAAAUAACUAAUUAAACUAGAAUACAAAAAGGGAGGUGUGAGGAAGUCAAUGAAACAAGCAAAUGGAAGUUUUAGAUACGCAAUUGGGAUCUGUGUUGUUUUCUUUUUCUUUUUAUUUUUUUGUUGUAUUGUUGUAUUGGUUUUUUUGUUUUUUUGUGUGUUUUUUCCUUUUUAUGUAUUAUAGUGUUGUUUUUUAAUGUCUCUUUUUUUCCCUUAUAAUUCUGAAACUACUAAUAAAUAUUAUUAUUUUUUUUUAAAAAAAAGAUAAACCAAUCGAACUGGCAGUUAAAUCUUAUUCCAAUACUGCACCUGAGGGCAGCAGGCAGGUUUAAGACUCCUGCAGAGUCUGCUUCCUCAGCAUUCAUCCUGAUUUGUCAGCACAAAGCUUAUGUGGAGGUUAGACUGUGUUCAGUCUUUACUGAAAUGGCUUGUGGAGAGGUUAUACAACCAUAAGCAUUCACCCUGAUUUGCCCUGCAUGGUGUUUACACGUCUUCCUGCGGAUCAUUCAUUCACCAUCCCACACUUCUCAGUGCAUUUCCCUGCCCUUUUCUUAACCACAAAAAAGUCGGUGUCUUUUCAAAAGGCGGAUUUGUUUCACAGGGGCAACAGAGCACUUUAAUCUGCUUUAAAUGCACAAGCCUACAGUUCCAGCAUGUGCUUGAAUUCCUCCUGCAAAAUGCUGACAGCCUGGAAGCGGACUUAGGGUGCAGAGGGCAGGCUGCAUGGCACCCACAGCUGACACCUUCCCUGAGCUACCUGCCCUGCUCCAUCAGCCGCCUGAGGCAGCUACCUCACUCUGCAUAAUCCUGAUUAAUCUGUGUAAAGGGAUACAUUUGCAGGUGACUUUUUGCAGGAUAAAAGGGUUUGAUCCUGUGAUUAUUCUCUCUUGGAGUGUCCUGGGGAAUGAGGUUAGUUUGGUUUGCCCUGCUGCCGACCCCCGGGAGGGGGGCUUCUGAGGAGUCACAGCAGUCAACUGCUGGGUCACGACACCUGCAAACCACUCUCUGCUCACUCCCUCACCUGGGCCUGCUGCCAACCACUUCCUGCCUGCAAUCUUCCUUUCCUUCCUUUGUGCACUUGCAAAGGAGAGGGAGAGCGCCUGGCUUUCUCAUUGCUCCCGGCUCUCAGGCUGAUUCCCUCUCCUCACUUCCCGGCACAUGGCUCUUUUGUAACAGUUUCAGGGUUAAUUGCCUGUAGCUUCAGAUGCUCGUUAGAUGUUGGCACUGAAGGUUUUCAUCCUCUGCAUGAAUCGCUGAGCAGGCAGUGGCAAUAGAGGGCAGGCAGGUGGGCUAGAAGAGAUGGACAGCCAGUCCCUUGAAAUGUCCAAGGCCCUUUUCUCCAUCAGGGACUUCUGGGGUUGGAGAAGACGCUUUGGCUACCCAUUCCAGAGGAUGUGGGCUGAUGUGCUCAGGCUGAUGGACCUUCUGGCUCAGCUUGCAGAGGGAAUGACAAGAGCCACCAGGCACCCCAGGGCAUGAGAGCAGGUUGCUAGCACAGAGCAUAAGACAAGCCUGGCUCCUGGGUAAAGUCCAGCAUCCUGUUCUCACUGCAGGGCCAGAUCUACAGUGAAACGAAUGAAGUUUAAGCUUCAGAGCCCUUAAUCCUGGAGGGGCCCCAGACGCUGAAAAAUGUGGUGUCUAGUUAAGUCACACAACUCAAAACAACAUCUUGAGGACACAAAGCUGGGAGAAGCUAAAGGGUCAUUUCCAGAAGGGUAGCAGCUGUGGUAAGUCAGUUGCAAUGAAGUGUCUUGUGGCACCUUGAAGAGGAAUGUGUUUUUAUGACUGCAUAGACAUUAAUGGACUGCAUCAUCAGAUGCAGGAAGUGUAGCCCUUCAGUGCCACCCUAUUCAUUUGGGUCUGAAUGGAGACCAUGCCUUCCUUUCCCACUAGAGAUGUUAAUUCACUCAGCAUUGCCAAGUGGAUUGUUUUAUCGCCUGUCUCUGCAGUUGUAAAGCAUCACUCUGCUCAUCUCACAUUCUUUCUGGCUCUAAUUGAAUUGUCACUAUGUGCACCUUUUGAAUUUCAUUUUCAUCUGGCACCGUGACUUAGAGCCUUUGCCCCUUUACAAACUAAGUGCUCUCUCCUCUCUGCAACUGAGGAUUAUGCUUCAUGCUUCUAAUGAAGUGGACCCUGUAAAAUCCAUGAGAAAAUUUGCUGUUCAUCUUCAAGGUGCCAUAAAACCUUUUGGGAGUUUCCCCCUCCCGAAGGGCAUGCUUACUAUAUUUGCAGUGGUUAGUAAGGAUCCAGGUGAGGUUUGGGACUUGAGAGCUCCUUGAAUUCUUUAAACUUUCAUGUCCUUUUUGCCUCUCCAAAAGGGGUUUCUUGUUUGCUACUAAUUUGUGUAGUACCCUGCUCACAUCCUGCAACUUCCAUGGCAUCAUGAACAUGGAAAGGGGGAAAUGUUUGGGGGAUUCAACCCUAUUAAAAUCUAUUCAGUUGCUCACAGCUGCUACAUCAGUCCCAAAGGAUCCAUUUGCAUCCGGUGUGUGGUAAAGAGUUCUGUGAUACCCAAAAGCUUGCACAAGAGAAAUCUUUCCAAUCCUGUGCAUGCUUUUGUGCAUGUCCACAUGUGUCCAUGCAUGCCAGUACUGUAUAGAGCUUCCUUCCUUAGGGUGUCUCAUUAUCAUAAAAGGUUGGGGUGUCAGGUGCAGUAAUAACUAGGCUAGCUCUGGGUGCUCUAAUGUGCCUUGAUUUGCAGCGGGAGGUUACCCUGCAAGGUUGGCCCGGCCCUGCAAGCCCAAUUGACUCAAGAUGGGAUGGUGGGGAAGAGCCAAAGAUGCUGGUGUCAAUCAGUUCUGCGGGAAUGUGAUUCCUCCCCCCCCAUUGGGAAGUGGGCAGUGGGCUACUCAAGACAGGAAGGGUGCUUGCUGGAUGACAAAGGAGGCCUCCUGCCAACCUUGGGAGCAAGCAGGCCAAGCCCUCAUGUGUUGCACAGCGAUAGCAUUCUUCCCACUAAUUCCCUCUUCCCUUGCAAUUUGCAUGAUGAAUGAGGGCUGUUAAAGCUUUCUGGAUUGCUCAACUGCAGGGAUGCACACACACAGUCCUCAGCUGUCCCUUUUCCUGUGGGAUCAGACUUUACUUCAGUGAUAAGCACAGUUGCUCACAGUGCACCCUUCAGUCCUCCUAGCUAGGUCCCAAGCAGAUGUCAUGCUAUCAACAAAGAGAAUUUCAUCAAGGUUGCCAACUGACCAGGAAAAGAAUUGCCCCAGCUGCUCCUGUGCCACUAACGUUGGCUGGAUCAGCUGAAGCUUUUAUGGCAUGGAGGUCAGCACCGUCUCCUGUUACAAUCUGCACAAGAGCACAUGAAGCUACCUUUUACCAAGGAAGACAACUGGUCCAUCUAACCUAGUAUUGUCUACACUGAUGUGCAGUGGCUUUCCAGGGUUUCAGGCAGAGAUCUCUCCCAGCCCUACCUAGAGAUACUGGGAAUUGAACCUGGGACCUCCUGCAUGCAAGGCAUAUGUUCUGCCAUUGAGCUACAGUUCCUGCUCUCCAGAUUAAGCUGUUAUUAAAGGCACAGGUGCCUUCGUAAAAAAAGUGGGCAACUGCUAAGAUGUGGGUCCCCAGCGCAAGGUCAGGAGAGACAUCAGUGGCUGAUAGAAAGGAGCAGCAGGAGAAGUGUUUUGGUCAAGGGCAGAAGAAUGGAAGGUUGCCAAAAACUGGGUUUGUUCGACAGUUCUUAAAAAUUAGCGAAAAUAAGCUGUUCUGCCUCCACUCAAUCCCUGCUUGUAGCAGCCGUCAACCAACGUACUUGCCAACUUUUGAGAAUUCAAAAGAAGGCAAAUUAGCAUGCAAUCCUAGACAUGCCUACUCAGAUGUGUAAGCACCACUGAGUUCAAUGAGACUUACUCCCAGGAAAUUGUGUAUAUAGGAUUACAGCCUACACACAUUUUCCUGGGAGAAAUCUGUCAAUUUUCUCGUUUCUCCUUUUUUUCAGUUCUAAAUUCAGUUAUCUACACUUACACAUCAGUUUGCAAUUCAUUAAUUUUUCUAAGUCACCCUGAAAAUUCUGCAGCCAUUGCUUUUGACUCUCAGGUAUCCCUUGAAGAUCUUUUUAUGCAGACAGGCUCUUGUAGCAGUUUAACUAUUACUUUUUAUUCAGUCUCUUUGAUAAUUAUCUGUAUUUUUUUUUAACGUUGAUCGCUGUUGUUAGCUUUAUAUCCCACCUUCCAUUCAAAGAGCUCAAGGCGGAACAGUUGCUUCUCCUGCUCUCCAUGUUAUCCUCACAACAACCCUGUGAGGUAGGUAUGGAGUUCACGGCAUGUAAUGCCUUAAGAGAGAAUAUAAUGAAAAUGAUAUACAGGUGGUACAUGACACCAGUCAAGCUUGCGAAAAUUUAUCACUUGCCCGAUAAUAAAUGUUGGAAAUGUAAAGAGACGGAAGGUACAUUCUUUCACCUUUGGUGGACAUGCCCAAGGAUUAAGGCUUUCUGGGAGAUGAUUUAUAACGAAAUGAAAAAGGUAUUUAAAUAUACCUUUCUGAAGAAACCAGAGGCCUUUCUCCUGGGCAUGGUCGGCCAAUUGGUGCCAAAGAAGGAGAGAACUUUCUUUAUGUACGCCACAACAGCAGCAAGAAUACUUAUUGCAAAGUAUUGGAAGACACAAGAUCUACCCACUCUGGAAGAAUGGCAGAUGAAGGUGAUAGACUAUAUGGAACUGGCGGAAAUGACUGGCAGAAUCCGAGACCAGGGAGAAGAGUCAGUGGAGGAAGAUUGGAAGAAAUUUAAAGACUAUUUACAGAAACAUUGUAAAAUUAAUGAAUGUUAGAAUGAUGUUGGAAUGAAUCUAUGUGAUUUUAGCAAAAAUGUAUCAAAGAUUUAAGAAAAAUACUGUUAAUUGGUGAAAAGAGGGAAAGUAAACUUAUAUUAAGACCAAGAUAAAUUUUCAGGAUAAAAAUUUUGAAGAGAGGGAAAGGAUUUGCUGAAAUGGAUAAUUGACUUAGAAUACAAAAAAGGGAGGUGUGAGGAGGUCAGGGAAACAAGCAAAUGAAAGAUAAGUUAUGGGAAGGCUCAAUUUGUUUUUUUUGGUUUUUUUUUGUUUUUGUUUUUAAUUGUUUCUAUUUUUCUGUUUUUUAUUGUGAUGUGUUGUUUUGCUAUUGUCUAAUUUGGUGUUUUUUCUUUUUUCUUUUGCCUUUUUGUAAACUUAAAACCUUAAUAAAUACUAUUUUAAAAAAAUAAAUAAAAAAAAUAGACUGAGAGACUGACUGGUCCAAGCUCACCCAAGAAGCCUAAUGGCGGGGAUUUGAACCCUGGUCUCCCAGGUCCUAGUCCAAUGUUCUAACCACUCGCCACACUAGCUCUCUUUAUGCUUUAGUGUUGUACAGUGCUCAGAUCUUUUAUGAUAUGAUAUAGCGGUAUAGAAAUACGCCAUAAAUGCUGGAAUGGUAACUCUAGGAUUGCAUGGUCUGAGAGCGCCUCGAAAAUGCCACUAUUUUGCAGGAAGGGGAGGUAGUUGUGAUGUGCAUACUGGAACUUAAUGUUUGUGCCAUUGAAGCAGAUGAAAAGGCUCUGUUGCCCUGGUGCCACAAAUCUGCUUUUAAAAAGAAACUGACAUCUGUGGUUUGGAAGAGCGACUGGGAAAUGCAUUGAAACACGGGGGAUGAACAAAGAGCUAACGGCAAGACAUAGAAACACCAAACUAGGAUGGAUGCAGGCCAAGCUAGGAUGAAGGCAGGACGAAGGCUCAUUGUCAUAGAACUUCCCUGCAAACAAAUAAGAAUGAAAGCUCAGUAAAGACUGGCUAUGUUCUAAGCUGCACUCAGGCUUUGUGCAAGCAAAUCAGGAUGAAUGCUCAAUAAAGGAGGAGGUCAUCAGGAAGAACCCUAAGGACCACAGACCCACAGCAACACUGCAAGACAUCCUGAGGUGAGGGCACCAGACAGCUGCCAUGAAGAAUAAAACAAUCCAGCCCUCCUUGAAUAAUAUAGAUCUUAAGAUUUGCAUUAAUACAGAGCACACUCCUCACGAAGCCUAAUUGUGAGGUUGGUGUGUGUGUAUCUCUAAACAGCUCAAUUUUACAGCAGCACGGCCUACGUUAUUAUCUCUUUUUUAGUGUGUGUCAUUAUCCGUCAUUUUUAAGUUCUGGGUCAUGCGUCACCUUCUUACCAGACUGACAAAGUUGCUGCAUGAAAGCUCUGCUACGUCUUUUUUUAUGUCUGAGCUACCUAGCAGCUAAGGUUUAGCAGAAUCAGAUUAAUUCUGGUCUUGCAUGGAUGUCUGCUUCAGCCUCUCUUUGUUCUACAAGGCUUACUUUAAAUAAGCUUAGUUUCAGAAUAGUUGCCAGAGGGAUGCCUAGCCCAAAGCUGUGCCAAAAGAGGCAGGGGGGACAUAACUCAGUGGUAGAGCAUUUACUUUGCAUGCAGAUGAUCCCCGGUUCAAUUCCUGGCAUCUCCAGGUAGGGCUGUAAAGGAAACCUGAAAUCCUGGAGAGCUGCUUCCAGUCAGCGUAGGCUAGGGGUGAGGAACCUUUUUAACCCAAGGGCUCCACUCAGUUCUGGGCAAUCUUCUAAGGGCCACAUGCCAGCAGAAGCUGGAGCCAGAGGCAAGCAAGAUUAAUGACCAGAGUUCAAGGGCACAUUCCAUCCAGGCAAAAAGCAAAAAGGGGCUGGUGGAGGUAUAAGUAGGGAGGGUGUAUGACAUGAGCCAAGUCCCAAGGGCCAGAGAGAGAGGCUUGGAGAGCUGCAUUUGGCUCCCUGACUCACGGGUAGGCAAUACUGAGCCAGCUGGACUGCUGAUCUGACUCAGAGUAAGGCAGCUUCCUAUGUUCCUCUGCUCAACCAUUCUCUGUCCCAGCAUGGCAGAAGGCAAUAAGCAGCCUGGGCAGCCCCAGCCUCAGCAGAGAAGCAGUGCGUUUCAGAACGAGCGAAGCCAAAGUGAGCCAAGCCACCAACAAACUGCAGGGGAGCCAAACCUAGAAAAGCCUCCUAAAAGCUAGAUUUUUAUUUUUAUUUUUUAUUUCAGUUAAAUACCCUUCUCAAUCCCAAAUAUAUGACAGGCCCUGAGCAAAAUGUGGCCCACCCACCUGGUCAUUCCAGAAGAAAUUUAAUUGGCAGCAAGCAACACCUCUCAUGAUUCUUUCAUUUGGUCUAGCAAGCUGAGCUCUGGAAAGCGGGCUCUAAUUGCCUACCACAUUGUGAAAAAUCCACAGUGAAGCGGAAACGGAGCCGAACAAAGGCUGAAUUAAGGGAGCCACUUUCAGAGGGAGGGAAACCAGCCUGAAAGUUGUUUAGGAGGAGGAGGAGGAGAGUUGUCCAGUCCUAACUUUCGCCAUCCCCUUCUCUGGCAGAGGCCCAGUAAGCCAGACUCGGCCUCGAUUCUGGGGAAGAGCUACUUUGAAAUGUGACGACGAAGAGACAAUUAUAGCAGAGCCAGAGAGUAUGUGACGCUUUUCAUCUGAGAUCGCAGCUUUGUGUUCUUUCGUAUCAAGAGAUCCAAGGCAGCAUAUUCUGAAGCCUAAUCCAGUAGAUAAUGAGCCAGCUAUGCACACCCACUUCUUUGGGCAGUUGGAUCCAUAUUGUUCGAAAUGCACCGUCCAUACCCUAAUAAACGUGUCUGCCUUUGAGGUGCUACAGGAAUCUUGGCUGGUUUCGCUGCAACAGGGCAGCACAGCUGCUGCCUCUCUGCAAAAGGUCUCGUGUCUUGUUCCCAAGGGCAUCAGGCUGGCCUCUGCCAGAGAACAAAGCUCUGGGCUAAGUGGAUCUUUGGCCCAGUACAGCAUGGAAAACGUCCUGAAGAUCACCCUGCGAAAGGGACAGGUCUGAGCGGUGCUGAGCAUAGUGAAAGUCUCCCUUCCUGGAACAAGCCCGCUUGGCUGUUGCCGAGGCUAAUUUAUUGUCUGAAGCAGGCAGUGCAAACCCACUGUUUGCACUUAGAAGGCAUGGCGAAAAUCAAUACUGAAAUGGGCUCUUGUAUUUUCGAGGGAGCCCAGCCGUCUUGGCCCAUAUUAGCGGCCAUGGAAAAUCACUUUGGCCAGCAUCCCGACAGCACGCUUUGCCCUGACGUUGAUAAAGUUACCAUUUUGUGCUUUGUCGUUAUUUAAAAAUCAUUACAGAAGUACAGCAAUGUAGCAGCAAUUUCUGCCUUCCUCUGGGAGCGUAUGAUAGCUGCUCAGGCUUCCGUGGACAAAGGGUUAUUGGCAGCUGACACCAAUGCCAACUCCACAGCUCGGCACCUGUUGCUUGCUGUGCAGCCAGGGCAACCCUGAGGGUGGGAGAGGAAACAACCAUUUACCUGGUUGCUGGUUAGUGUAAGGUUGCCUUUACAGUGUAGAUCAGGGAUUCUCAGUUUGUGGGACUCAGACCCCAGGGGUCUGAGUAACCUACCCAGGGAGUCCGUGGCACAUAUCCCUCAACUUUCUUGAGACAUCCUGUUUUCGGGGGCUGUGCUCUUGCAUGAGAGGAUGGCACCCAAAAGCAUGCAAGAUCAUGGCCAGGUACACACCUCGCAUGAGAUUGCAAUGCCCAAAAAUGUGUGGUUUGGGGCAACAUGCUCUCGUGCAGAUCAUGUGACUUGCGCAGUAGUGUAGCCUGGAAGACACACAUCCCAGUUUUCUGCUGGGGCAUGUUGGAGGGUAGGUUGGCAGCAUUCACAUAUUGAAAACUAUCACAGAGACAUCAACAUUUUCAAAAGUAAGGCAUCCAUGGCUUAGCUUUUGAAAGACAAGGGGUCGGCAGUACUUUACUCAUUGGGAACCACUGGGAUAGAUCACCUAUCUUUGUGCAACUGAAAAUGGACGGCUCAUCACAGCAUCUUUGCAAAGAUCUCUUGUUUCCAGGCUACAAGCCAGGGCAACGCCUGCCCCACUGCAGAUAAACACAUGCUCCAGAAUCCACUAAAGGCAGAACACAACGGGGAUAAUUUUCCAAAGUCUCAUUUCCAGCAACUAGCACAGCCUCCUUCAAGCUGGGGCCCUCCUGAUGUUUUGGCCAGUUGAGGCUGGUGGGUAUUGUAGUCCAAAACAUCUGGGAGAACCCAAGGUUGAGGGAGGCUCAACCUGUUCAAGGAAACUCAACCUCAGCCUCAUUUUUUUGUUUCUCUCAAAGCCCCCUGCUGUUCAGUGCAACUGGACAAGCAGCUUUGAAGCGGCUGUCGCUUAGUGGGAAGAACUGAGCCAAUCCAUUAAACAGAAAAUCCCAGCCAGCAGCUCCAGCUGGAGCAUACAUGAUGGACAGGACUUGGAAGCUGCUCUGUCCGCUCUGACAUGUCCAGUUUGGCCACUGACUCUUGGCAUUAAACCCUCAGAGGACGUCUUGAGGGAUGGCGAGCGCUGCUCCAGGAUGAUCUUAGCCGUACGUUUGGAGGAGAUUAGAGCUGACAGUUAUUGCAUCAAAUUAAUAAAUCCCUGCUCAUUAGGGGGGAGGUUUUUGGUGAAGUUUCCUGAGAUGAAGGAGCUUUAGGGGAAUCGAUUGCCACGGAGCGUGCAUCCCUCCGGCUGGCUCAUUGAAACUCAAAUGAAAUCAGGAUUUGGGGAAGCAAAUGGAAGGGCCCUCCCUGCUGCUGCGUAAUCAAUAUGGAAAGCAGAGAGGCAUUGUGCCAGGCUAAUCUUGUUCCCUUCCCUGCCAGGAUGAGAAAGAAAGUUCCCACUUUCAGGUGGGAAAGCAAGCAAGAGCACUUUCUUCCCUCCCCCAGAGGAAAAGGCUGGUGGUCUGAAAGGCUUCAAUUCAGCUUGAGGAAUUGGGAACAAAAAAAAGAAAUCACUUUUGGACAAACAGCACCAGGAGCGUCUCCUGCACAAGCUCACUGAGCGAAGUGGGAGCUGUUCCAUAGGGCCCCAGCACACCUGCACGCCUCCCGUUCACCUGACUCCUUCUCCAAGGCAUGGCCAACUCUGUCAUCGGCUCCUGCCGCAACCAACUGACACCAUCUCCACUGCCGCAGUGUGCCAGAACUGGAAAGCAGAGGCACUGAAAGUGGUGGCCCGCAGAAGGAAAGCUGCAGAUGGCUCGUGCAAGCCAGCUAAGCCACAUUCCUGAGGAAUGUCAAUGCCAAUCUGAACUGCUAUGAAGCAGUGUCACCCUGGCACCCUCACUGGCACCCCAAGGGAUGCUGUCCUGCAGUUGCUGGCGCCAGCCCUGAUGGAAUAUGGAGCUAUAGUGGAUUCUGAUGCCAUCACUGUGCUUGCGUGUGUUGGGGUGGGGGCAGUGAAGGGAUAGCAAGUGAAAGAAAGCUCAGGCUGCCUGGGGUAGAUUCAUAGGAAGACACCUGAUACUGAGUCAGGCCUUUGGUUUAUCUAGCUCAGUAUUAUCUACUACACUGACUAGCAGCAGCUCUCUACAAUUUCAUGAAGGGGUCUCUCCCACCCCUAUGUGGAGAUGCUGGCGACUGAACCUGGGACAGCCACUGAUCCACCACUGCCUAGGGGGAGUUGUUGUUUACAGAGCACUACUCACAUACUAGGAACAGAGGACCUGUGAUCUACUUUAGGCAAGAGAGAAAGGGGACAGCCCCUGACCAAGUAAGCAGAAGGGCUAAGGAAGGGAAGGGCCCCCUUUUAUUUUGCAUUCCUGAUUAUUUGUGCUGAUUAUUAUUUAUUGGGGUGGUCUCACGCGGUUCUGCUUUCCAUACUGUUUGCACCUGCAAAAGUUUUUGGACUGCUUCAUUUCCAUUCGGUGCAUGUCCCAUAACUUUCUGCUGAAAUACGGCAACUUUCCAUACCCCAAAUGUUCCGGAUUAAAUUUUUUUGCCUCGCUUUUUGCAGCACUUUCACUCCAGAUGGCCAUGAUGUGGCGACAUUGGGGAAUUAUUACAGAAUAACUCAUCAUUCAGACAGAUGUGUGGAUGGGUCCAGAUUGUACCCAAUGCCAGCGAACUAUGGUUGCAUCAGUGUUGCAGUAUACGCUGCAAAAAAAAACAAGCACCAGUCUGGAGUGGCCCUAUUGGCCCUGGUGGAGAGGCAGGGCAGGUACCUUCAGCUUGAGGCUGCCAGCCACCCUGACAAUCUCCCCACCCCCCAAAAAAACCUGGCACCCUCACAAAGCCUCCCCACAAAAACUGGGAUCAGUGCCUGAGGAAUGGCUCAUUAGCAUCUCAUCUGCAUUCACCACAGUAACGAUUCCAUUCCCCGAAUGUUUAGGCAAAAUUCUAUUCCAUUUCCAUAAGAGCGUCAGCUUCUAUCCCUUAAGAAGGUAGGUAGGAGGAGGAGAGGAAGGGAGGGAGCUGUGAUGCUAUCCGGGUGCCGCAAAUAACCAGCCUCAAAUAACCAGCCCUCUGGAGCUGGAGAUAAAGGGCAGGAGAAGGCACUCACUCUUCCCUUCCCUUCCUACCACGAAUAUCGCAAGCGCAGAUCCUUUCCUUCAUCAGAAUAAUUCCACUGCUAAUCCAGGAGAGAGAGAGAGAGAGAGAGAGAGACAGAGACAGAGACAGAGAGACAGAGACAGAGAGAGACACUGAUAUUGCUAAUGUAGAGAAUACAGGGAACAGGGCCUGCAGAUUUGUGGCAUUUUCUCCGACAUUUCAUAUUAAUUAUAAAAAAAAAAAUUGGCUCCAGAAUUCGUUUUCUUCUUACUGGAAAAAAGGCCUUUUAAUUUAGGCUAUAAAAGUCCACUGUCCAUGUGUGUCUGUGUUUACAAAGCUGUUACUUCUGAAGAACUCUUGGUUUGGUGUUUUUGUUUUUUUAAUUACUCAUUUCUAUUUUUUAUUUAUUCAACAUACUCAUAUGAGCCAUCAUGUGAGCUUUAUUUUGUUUAAAGCAAAUGGUUGCAUAUAAUUUAAAAUGAUUAAAUAAAAAAUACAAGGAAACUCAGUGUUAAUAUCUGCAGAAAGCAGCAAAGCAAUAAUAUCCAGCAGAAAUAACUAAUUGGGGGAAAACAAAAACUGCAUCAGUAACAUGCUGGAAGUCCCGGACAAGCAUAAAAACUCUCUGCCUAGCACUGGAAAAACCUCAAAUUUGUAUAUGAUGCAAGGCGGUACACCCCCCCCAGAAGACUUUCCAUACAUGGGGUGCCACAACCACAACUGCCCCCCGAUCCCCUGCCUAACUUCAGAAGACAGGGGACUUAGAGGUAGGUCUCUGGAGAAAAAACGUGAAGCUCAUCACUUAGCUGGUGAAGCCCUGAGUUUACUUUCAGUCACAGGAAGCUGCAUUCUAUUGAGUCAGGCUGAUGGUCCAUCUAGCUCAGUAUUUGCUUGUCUUUAAGGUGCCACGGGACCUUAAGGGAUACGGGUGGUGCUGUGGGUUAAACCACAGAGUCUAGGACUUGCCAAUCAGAAGGUCGGCGGUUUGAAUCCCUGCAACGGGGUGAGCUCCUGUUGCUCGGUCACUGCUCCUGCCAACCUAGCAGUUCGAAAGCACAUCAAAGUGCAAGUAGAUAAAUAGGUACCGCUCCAGCGGGAAGGUAAACGGCAUUUCCAUGUGCUGCUCUGGUUCACCAGAAGCGGCUUAGUCAUGCUGGCCACAUGACCCGGAAGCUAUACACCAGCUCCCUCGGCCAGUAAAAUGAGAUGAGCACCGCAACCCCAGAGUCGGUCAUGACUGGACCUAAUGGUCAGGGGUCCCUUUACCUUUACCUUUAAGGUGCCACAAGACUCUUAGCUGUUCUGAGUGGCAGCAGAUUUCCACAGUUUCAGAUGGAGUUUUCCUAGCCUCACCUCAGUUCUCAUGAUUUUGAAUAAGAGCUGAUUUCAAUAGGAACAUUGGAAGCUGCCUUCCAAUCGUAACAAGUGGCAAUCCACAGAAAAAACUGAUUGGCAUUUGCUUCAGUUCAGCAGUAAAGUGCAGGUUUUCCCAGAUAAGCUGCCAGGACAAAUAAUAAUAAUAAACACCAUUUGGACACAGAGUUCUAAAGUCUGCACCUGUGCCUAGUAAUGUGGCACAGAAGGAAGUCAGGAUGAGUCCUGAGUCAGACCAUUGGUCCAUCUAACUCAGUAUCGUCUUCAUUGGCUAGCAGUGGCUCUCCAGAGUUUCAGACAGGGCAGUUUUUCUCUGCCAAAACUACAGAUGCCAGGGGUUUAAACUGGGUGUAUGUGCUGUACCACUGUGUGACAGCCCUUUCUGAACUCAAAAAUAAUGCAUACAUACCCCUGUCCCUUUUGCAUUCUGUUUUAAUAUGAACUAGAAGAACAAAUGCUUUGGUGAGCUGGACUCAGUGAUAUUUCACCAACAAGGCAUAGGGGAAGGAGGAAGUGAUCAGAGUUGGGUCUGUCUUCACCACAGACUCUGUGUUCUGGCUCAGGGACACCAAAUGGUGACUCCAACAUGAAGUGUUUCAACCUCCCGGUACAGGCAGUUAAUGGCACCAGUCUGCCUGCUUUGCCUGCUCAAGAAACCGGCAUUACUCCGGGUGUACUGACCCUGUCUCCUCUCCCCUUCUUUAUAAUGUCUACACUAUGUUUAGGCUACAGUUCUGUGCACACUUAACUUGGCAUUCAGCUCUGCAAAGUACACCAGUGGGACUCACUUCUGAGUAAGCAACAUGCCUAGGAUUGCACUGUGAAUUUGCAAAACAGCCUACAAUCUUUGUUCUGUAUUACCUCUCACAGCAACGCUGUGAGGUUUGCUGCUCUUGUUCUCAGAGACCACAAGUAGGUCAGUGGCAAAGGUGGUUGGACUUGGAUCUGAUGUCCAGGGCUGGCUGGCCCAGGGCAUUUUGCUGUCUCAGGCAAAAUGGCACCUCCCCACUCCAUGAAAAAAUCUAACUGGCCUGGCAGCUGAAUCUUAUUUUGACACUGGUGAUAGGAUGGGGUCCUCUACUUGCACUGAGCACAGCAGACAGACUGCAUGGUACAUCCAUCUGUGUUCAAUCCCUGCCCCUCAAGAUAUGCCGCAAGAGGUAGUUGCCUCGCUCUGCCUAAGAAUAUGGCCAGCCCUGUGAGCGGCUCAUUUCGAAGCUUUCUUUCCACUAACCCUGAACUUGAUAUUCCACUCAUCUGGAAUGUCUGUUUUUCCUCCCAUGCGUUCCACAGGUGGACCGAUCAGAGAUCAUCAGAAGCAACCUUAACCCCAUCUUUGCCAAGGUCUUCAUGGUUGACUAUUACUUUGAGGAGGUGCAGAAACUGCGGUUUGAGGUGUACGACAUUCAUGGCCACAGCAGCAUUGGGACCCACGAUGACGACUUCUUGGGCGGCAUGGAAUGCACAGUGGGCCAGGUAAGGAGGGGCAGGUGCCGCCACAUGAGGUUGGCACAAACAGUGGUAGCAGAACAGAGCAGCUCUCCUUUGCUCCAAGUGAGAGAAAGAGAAAGAGCUGCAUGGCCAAUCUGGGAGCCAACAAAAAGGCCCAGUCCUAGUUCAGUAUUGCAUUGCAUUGCAUCUAUAUCCCACCUCUUCUCUAAGAAGCUCAAGAUGGUAAAUGUGGUUCUCCCUGUCCUUGUUUAAUCCUCACAACAACCCUGUGAGGUAGGUUGAGCUGAGAGGGAGUGACCAGCCCAAGGAUAUAUUUUAUCCGUCAGCACAGCAGUUUGUAACCAAAUGAAUGUGGACCAAAAAAUUGCUAAGGAUUGCUUGGAUGAACUUGAAUUGAGCUGUGCAUUGAAUGUGAACUGAACUAAUCUAUUUUGCAAAGGGACAAAUGUGAACUGGAUUCAGUUCCCUUUUAGAUAUGCUGAAGCUGAGCUCAAACGAGUCCCUUUUUAAAAUGGACUUUCCGAAUUCUGCAAAGACCUGCCAUCCACUUUCCUGCUGUGGCUCGUCCAUGGCGAUUGCCCCUUAAAAGCAAGAAGCAGCAUGCGGAAUGGAGCUCUCCACUCUCUCUCGCCAUGGGAGAAUUGCCAGCCAUUGCCAGCCUCCUGUGGCUUUGCUGUGUGGCUCAUGUACAAAAGCACCGAUGAGCAAGUAUCUUGAGGCUCUGAGCAGCUUCCACGGGUCUGCCUGCUGAGUCUCCCCCACGCCCAGCACGCUGCAGGAUUCCCCCUCAUUGUGCUUUUUUGUCAGGCAGAACCAUUGUGUGACUCAUUUUGGUCCCUGAGCCAGUGUUGAGAUCAUUUCCCAUUAAAAAAAAACAUAAGAAGAGCCUGCUGCAUCAGACCUAUGGCCCAUCUAGUCCAGCAUCCUGUUCUCACAGUGGCCAACCAGAUGUUUGUGGGAAGACCACAAGCAGAAAGUGAGCGCAAUAGCACUCUCCCCCUUUGUGAUUCCCAGAAGCUAUUCAGAAGCAUUACUCCUCUGACAAGGGAGGUAGGGCAUAACCACCAGGGUUAGUAGCCAUUGAUAACCCUCUCCUCCAUGGAUUUGUCCAAUCCUCUUUUAAAACCAUCCAAGUUGGUGACCACCGCAGCCUCCUGUGGGAGUGAGCUCCAUUACUAUGCACUGCAUGUCUAUGUCUAUGCUCUGGUAACCUCUAGGUUAGGUUCCUGAAACGUGUUAUAUGUGGGACUGCCUCAAGCUCCUUCCUGCACCCCAAUAUGCCAAUAGACUCCAACACUCCUUCCAAAUGAAGCAGUGCAUCACAUGGAGGGUGUAAUAAUGCAUGAGGAAUGGUAUACUGGGGCCCCUGCAGAGCAGAGAUAAAAGAGGUGACGCUUGCUAGUGAGCCAAGGCAAGCGUCACUGGGAAGGUGUCUUGUGGGAUAUACUUGCGCGAUUGUUUGACCCCCAUAGUGCCCACUUUAUCACUUCAAUCUGUUAUAGAUGCUGUAUAAUAGUCAUUCCUCACUUGUACAAAAAUUGAAUUUUGUAGACUCUCAGAUUUGGAAGGCCUCCCAAGUGUCAUCUAGUCCAUCCCCAUUUAACUAAGUCCUGCUCAAAAUCCACCCAUUGAAAUUAAUGAACCGAAGUAAGUCAUGUCCAUUAACUUCAAUGGGUCUACUCCUGAGUAGGAGUGGUGUUGAAUUUCAGUGUGGCAGCACCUACACUUUGGAACUCCCUGUCUAUUGACAUCAGGCAGGCACCUUCUCUAUACUGCUUUCAACACCAACAUUAUUGUUGAGGCAAGCCUAUCAACACAGAUGUUGACGUGUUUUGAUUUCUUUUUAACUUACUGUUCAUCUCCAUUAUCUUUUAAAGGUUUUUGAUUGAUUGCUUUUAACAGAUUUUUCGUGUUCAUUUUAACAUUUGUUGCGAAGCACCUUGAGUUUUAUUACAACCAAGCAGCACAGAAAACAUGGUCAAAUAAACAAAUCUUUUCUUUCUGCCCUCCUUUGCAGAUUGUGGCCCAGAAGCGUGUGACCAAGCCUCUGUUCCUAAAGUACGGGAAGUAUGCGGGCAAGUCCACCAUUACGGUGAGCAGCUCAGUCACAGAAGCGGACAUUUUAUGACAGCCUUCUGGCCUCCAUGACCUGAGGCACUGUGAGGAUUAUGGGUUUGUUUUGGUUUUGUUCUUGUUUUUAUUAGGUAUUUUAUGUUUUUAUUUUGUAUUUUUAUGCUGUGAACUGCCCAAGAUCUUCAGGUGAAGGGUGAUAUACAAAGUUAAUAAAUAAAAUGGCUUCUGACUGGCCUCCCUCUUGAACCUCCGCCCCACAACAGGUGACGUCUGAAGAGAUUUCUGGGGACAAUGGUUUUGUGGAACUGUUCUUUCGAGCGAAGAAGCUGGAUGACAAGGUAACAGGGGCCACAAAGGACCCAUCUCUCUCCCCCCCUUCUCUCUCUCUCUCUCUCUCUCUCUCUCUCUCUCUCUCUCUCUCUCUCUCACACACACACACACACACACACAGCAAGCAGCAUGGUGGUUGAGCCUUCCCAUUUUUAGCCACAUUCUGUUGGGAGGUCUGGCUCUGGGCUCUUUAUUGACGCACCCAUGGGCGGAGGGGAGCCAACAACCUAAUACAUCGAAUUAAUUUUUAUUAAGCAUAUAAGAAGAACCCUGCUGGAUCAGGCCAACUGGAUGCCUGUGGGAAACCUGCAAGCAUGGAUGCCUGUGAUUUCCAGCAGCUGAUAUUCAGAAGCAUUACUGCCUCUGGCUGUGGAGGCAGAGCAUAGCCAUCACAGCUUGUAGCCUUCGAUAGCCCUCUCCUCCAUGAAAUAACAGCAGCAGCAACAACAAUAAUAAUAAUAAAUGACCUGGCAUCAAGAUCAUGGGACUCAAACCCUCUCUCCCCACAGGAUCUCUUCAGCAAAUCAGAUCCCUUUUUGGAGAUCUACCGGAUCAAUGAUGAUGGGAGUGAGCAGCUGGUUCACCGCACAGAGGUAAGAGUGUACAGCAGAGACCAAAAGGUGUAAUUCCCCAAUACGUUCACUCCUGGCCAGCUGACUGAGAACCCAGAGUAGAAUAGAGAAUGAGGGUUCAGAUCCAGGUGUGUUGCUCCUUUAUCCAUCUUUGAGCUGGUCUUUCUAAAAUCCUGGAGAAAUGUUGGGGGCAAGCAGUGAGAUCACCUCUUUUACACCUUCCUCAGGAACUAGGACUUCCUGACAGUAAGAGCUGUUCGACAGUGGAAUUUGCUGCCAAGGAGUGUGGUGGAGUCUCCUUCUUUGGAGGUCUUUAAGCAGAGGCUUGACAACCAUAUGUCAGGAGUGCUCUGAUGGUGUUUCCUGCUUGGCAGGGGGAUGGACUCGAUGGCCCUUGUGGUCUCUUCCAACUCUAUGAUUCUAUGAACUAGAGGCAACUGGAAUGUCCUGAAUCAUGUGUUUAUUUACUGGAAUUUCACAAGGGCCUUAGAGAGAGAUACAGGGGUGGGGGGCGCUCAUGUCCACAGAAGCAGGCUAUAAAAGCACUACUAGCCUUAAGAAAACCACAAUAAUACUACCACAAGGAGAGAGAAAACCAGAACUGUUCAUUCUAAAGGGGUGAAAGCCGCAACAGGGAAAUAAACCUGAAACGUAAAUGUAGAAAGAGACUACAGUAGUUUACCCUUCACAGAGCUAUAGUUCCCAGCAGCCUUAACAAACUACGGUUCCUAGGGUUAUUUGGGAGGAUGCCAUGCAUUUCCAAUGUAUGGUAUGGAUGUGACCUCUGAUGCAAUCCAAGCCAGGAAGUCUUCAGGCAGUUUGGGGAGAUGCUCAGGCUCUAGCUGAGGUGAGCCUCCGGGUGAAGGGAGUCAAGAAUGGAGGCAGCCCCCUGAGAAGAGAAGUCCGCUCUGCAAGACUUUGCUGUCAGGAAUCACCAGCCCUCUCCUGCCUGUGCUUUGCAGUUUGUCAAGAACAACCUGAGUCCUGUGUGGGAGCCAUUUAAAGUCUCACUGAACUCCCUGUGCAGCUGUGAAGAGAAGCGGAAGCUGAGGGUAAGUCCAAAAUGGUAAAGGCGGGGGGAGCCUGUGACUGAGCACACUUAGCAGGGAGGCUGACCAUGCCAGUAGUGCAGGAGUGAAUUCAGAAGAGCAGGGUCCCUUCAUGAUAGUCACAGCAACGCCCCCUUACUGCCAUGCCCCCUUCUAAGAGUAUACAAGCAAUAAUUUUUUUAAUUAUUAAAUAACAAUCAUUAGGGAUGCAUUGCAAUGAUCAGUGCAGAUGUCCAUGUGCUGCCUUCCAGCGAGAUCUAUUAUUUAAGUUGAUGGAAUAUGCGCAACUUGCGGAUUUAACAUAUAGAAUAAGAGAGCAAGAAGAACAUACAUUUAAAGAAGGCUGGAAAACGCUUCUUGAGUAUAUGGAAAAUAUCUGUGUACAGUUGAAAAUGCUGGCAGCAUAAAGAUAAAUUCAACAGAGUAAAUAAUUUUAGAUGGAUGUAAUAGUGGAAAACCAAUUGGAAUGGUUAUUGUAAAAUAUGCAGGGAUGUAAGAUAUGCAAAAUGAACCAUGGAAAGAGAAGAAUGGACGUCAUUGGAUUUGUUAAGGUAUGUAAAAUGUUUGUUUGAAAUUUUAAAACAGAAAUUUUAAAUAUAUAUACAGCGGCGUAGCGUGGGUUGUCAGCACCCAGGGCAAGGCAAGUAAUUUGCGCCCCCUAACCCCUAACCUGCCGCCGCUGCCAGCUUCUUCUUGCUGCUGCCUGGUCUGGUCUGGUGUGGUUCUCUCCUGCGCUCAGCGCUGCACUGGGCGGCCGCUGCACUGUCCCUCCCCCAGAUAGUCCCUCGCUCUCUCUCUGCACCGCACGCCUGGCACCCACCCCCUCCACAGUGGGCGGCGACCCAGCUGCUCGGAUCGGAUUCGCACAGCCAGCACUGCAGUGAGAGAGAGUGAGUGAGCCAGGUAGGGGCAGAGAGCUGCGAGUGCGAGCGCACCCCCCCAGAUGUUGCGCCCGGUGCGGCCGCCCCCCCCUGCACCCCCCACGCUAUGCCACUGUAUAUAUAUAUAUAUAUACACACACACACACACACACAUAUGAGAGAUCUAUUAUUUUCUGUCCACAUAAAUGAGCAAAUGAUCUAGAGUGCUCUAAUAUCUAGUUGUGGUUUCCAUGAAGUUUCAUUGUACAUAGCAGAACAUGCACUUUCUCUUGAAAGGGAAACACCUUGUGUUUCAGUGUUCCAAAAGGCUUAGCUUUGGAGCAUCCAGAACCAUCACCACUCCAACCUCCAAUAGGAUCCAAAAUGCAGCAGUCUGAUUGGUCCUAGAACAAUAGGAUUCAGAAUGCAGCAGUCUGAUUGGUCCUAGAACAAUGCAGCAGUAUGAUUGGUUGGCAGGAACCACCCAAUCAUGCUCCAGAUAGAAGUGAAUCCACAACCUGAUUGGCUUACAGUAGAAUUCCGGAAUUAGCCAAUCAUGUGCAGCCCAUUGUGUAAAUAAUGUAUAUAAAGCAGAUACUGUGUGGGGCUUUCAUUCAUUCCUCCUCACCACUAUGAGCUGAAUAAAGAGCAUGAAAUCACUUUGCAACUCUGAGUAUAUUUCACUGGCGACGAGGAUGGGAUCCCGCUGAGCUGACGGCCACACACAACACCACAGCACUGCCACCUGCUGCACCGCUGCCUCGCACCGUGUAUCCAGGCUUCAGCUCCGGGACACAAGGAGCUCAGAAUGGCAGCCGACAGCAGCUUCUCGCCGUUCAACCCAGCAUCUGGAGACUGGGAAGCGUACGCCGCCCGUUUCUCCUUCCUCCUAGAAGCCAAAGGGGUCACCGACGAAGAAGACGCCAAGAAGAGGGUGAUAUUCUUCAGCGUCUGCGGAGAGGAGACGUUUGAAAUCGCCCGGGCUCUCCUUGCGCCUGAAGACGUCGCUACUGUUCCAUACAAAACAAUAAUGGAACAGCUGAAGGGGCACUUUUCGCUGCAGCCCUCAGUGGUGGCUCGUUGAAAUGCCUUCUACGCAAAGCGGCAAGCCCUUGGGGAAACCAUAACUGGGUUUGUGACGUCUCUCCGCCAAGCUGCCCGGUUCUGCAACUUCUCAGAGCUGGAGAACAUGCUUCGUGACCGCCUCGUCAGUGGCCUGAAGGAUGAGAAGCUGCAACAACGCCUCUACGCUAAGAAGGACGUAACGUUGCAGGUCGCUCUGGAGGAGGCCCUGGCAACAGAAGCUGCCGAGAGGUCGACGCAAGAGGCACGGCCGAGCCUGCCGUCCCAACCGAGGGUCCACCACGAAGACCUCACCGACGACUCAGGAUCCGACAGGGAGGAGGUGCACCGAGUACAGCAGCGCACUCAAGCAGCGCACAGUCCACAGCUGCCAUGACGAGAAGGAGGGAACUGCGCAAGCUGCGGGGAGAGUCACAAGAGGAGGACCUGCCGUUUCCGCAACGCAGAGUGCAGGCAGUGCAGAAAAUCGGGACACAUCGCCUGGGUGUGUCAGGCUCGGCCCACCCGACACCAGGCAUCAGAUGACCAAUCCAAGAGCCCCAGGUCCCGGGGCCCAACGCACCAAGGCAACUCUACGGAGCUCAUGGACUUCCAGGUAUACCAGUUGCCCCACCCCAACGUAGAGAAAAUUUUUGUAGAGGUACAGAUAGAGGGGGCCCCAUGCCGCAUGGAGCUUGACACGGGUUCAACUCUAUCCAUAAUCUUGGCAAGGACCUUAAGGAAACUGUGUCCUACUGGGGGUCCCAAACUCAGGCCGGCCCCAUUCACCCUCCGGGACUUCCAGAAACAUAAGGUCCCCACAAUGGGGGUGGGGACCUUCAGGGUGCAAUACCGAGGGCGGACGUGGCAACUGGACUUGCUUGUGGUCAAGGGCCCCUACAUUAGCUUACUGGGAUUGGCAUAGUUUGGACCACUGGGGCUAGCCGUCACCUGGGUGAACCACACUAGCUUACAAGUGGACGUGAACGCCAUAUGCAAGGAAUUUCCAGGGGUUUUCGAUGGGAAAUUGGGACAGUAUACGGGCCCCCCCAUUGCGCUACAGCUUGACCCUGCAGUACGACCGGUCAGGCUCAAGGCCCGCCGGGUCCCGUUCGCCUUGAAACCCUGUAUAGACGAGGAAUUGGACCGGCUCGUGGAGCAAGGAGUGCUGGAGCCGGUGCCUAAUGCCCCCUGGGAAACCCCAAUCGUCACACCCGUCAAGCCUAAUGGUUCGGUCCGCAUCUGCGCAGACUACAAAUGUACCAUAAACAAGGCCCUCACGGCCCACGCAUACCCAGUGCCAGUGGUCAGCCAUGUCCUUGCCACCCUGGCUGGGUCGAAAAUUUUUGGCAAGCUGGACUUGGCCCAAGCAGAGCAACAGCUGCCAGUAGAUGAGGCCACAGCAGAGGCACAGACGAUUGUGACGCACAGAGGAGCGUUCAGGGUAAAGCGGCUGCAAUUCGGUGUCAGCGUGGCACCAGGCAUAUUCCAGAAUCUAAUGGACUCUCUCAUUAAAGGGAUUCCUGGUGUCAUCCCCUUCUUCGAUGAUGUGUUGAUUGCCGGGCCCACACCAGAGGAGUUUGAGGACCGCCUCCGCACCGUUCUGCACCGUUUCCAGACGGCGGGUCUCAAGGUGAAGCAGGAAAAAUGUCUACUAGGAGUGCCUCAGGUGGACUUUCUGGGAUUUAUGGUGGACGCAGAAGGGGUCCACCCGACUGGGGACAAGGUACGGGCCAUUUGUGAUGCCCCAGCGCUCAAGAGCAAGACUGAACUUCAGGCCUUCUUGGGACUAUUGAACUUUACCAUUCCUUCCUUCCCCACAAGGCGGCGGUAGCGGAGCCCCUACACAGACUCCUGGACAAGCGGGCCCCUUGGGUGUGGGGCCAGCGCCAGGAGGCCGCAUUCCAGGCAGUCAAGGACUUGCUUGUCUCAAACUCGGUCUUGGCACACUUCGACGAGAGGCUGCCGGUGGUGCUAGCAUGCGACGCCUCACCCUAUGGCAUUGGCGCUGUCCUGGGGCACCAACUCCUGGAUGGAAGAGAGGUACCGGUGGCGUACUUUUCCCAGACACUCAACGCAACCGAGCGGAACUACUCGCAAAUCGACAAGGAGGGUCUGGCAAUCGUGAAGGGAGUAAAAAAAUUCCAUGAUUUCUUGUACAGGCGGCCCUUCACCGUGGUGACUGACCACCGUGGUGACUGCCCCCGAAAAGCAGACCCCCCAAGUGCUGUCUCCUCGCGUCCUCAGGUGGUCAAUUUUCCUUGCCAGCUACCAGUAUGCACUGCUUCACUGACCUGGGAAGGCGAUGGGCCAUGCGGACGCCCUCAGCAGGCUACCACUACCGGAAACAGGCCUUGACCCAGCACCUGCACAAGAGGUUAUGAGCCUGGAGCUGCUUCCCGACCGCCCCAUUCAGGCACAAGAAGUUGCACACCAUUCCAAGAAAGAUAGGGUCAUCUCCCGAGUCCUGGACUGGGUGUGGAGGGUAUGGCCCAGCAGCAGCCCCGGGCCAGAAUUCGCCGGCUACACAACCCGCAAACAUGAACUGUCGGCCCACAAGGGGUGCCUGUUAUGGGGAAGCAGGGUCGUUGUUCCCCAGCCCCUCCGCAAAAGGGUCCUCACAGCCCUACACGAGACACACCCAGGGGUAGUAAGAAUGAAGGCCCUUGCCAGGAGUUAUGUGGGGUGGCCGGGGAUCAACGGAGAGAUAGAGGCCUGGGUCAAACACUGCCAAGCCUGCCAAGAAUCCCGCCCAGAUCCCCCAAGGGCCCCAGUCCAGUCCUGGGAGUCCGCCCAAGCACCAUGGUCAUGCCUGCAUGUGGAUUUCGCUGGCCGGGACUGCAUUUACGUCAGGAGAAUUCCAAACCUUCACAGCGCAGAACACCAUCCGCCACAUCCGUUCGGCGCCGUUCCACCCUGCCACCAAUGGCCAAGCAGAACGCAUGGUGCGGACCACCAAGGACACCCUUCGCCGCAUGACGCAAGGGGAUUGGGAGUACCGCCUUGCCACAAUCCUUCUAGCACAGCACAGCACCCCCAGCUCAACGACUGGCGGGAGCCCCGCUGAACUACUAAUGGGUCGGCGCCUUGCAAUCAGAUUGGACCGCCUUCACCCCGAUAGAGCUCAGGAUGAGGUAGUGGUGGGGAAAGGCAGGAACCCCUGGACGUUCGAGGCCCAGGACCCAGUGUACGCAAAGAAUUUUGGGGCAGGCCCAGCAUGGGUAUCCGCCACAGUCACCAGGGUCACUGGCCCCGUGUCGUACGAGGUGCUAACGGAUGGGGGGCAAUGCUGGCGCCGCCACUGCGACCAGAUAUGGUGAUGAUUCCCGGGAGAAAACCAGGAGGAGGACAGGUCAGAGGAGUCCCAAGGGAACAGCGGGGCAGUGAGGCCCAUAGAGCAGGAGGGGCCAGCAGGAGAGGCAGAAUCAGUAAAUACAGAGAGGACCCGCGAGGCCGAAAGGACACCGGAACCAGAACCACGACUGAGCGAGCCGGUUGCGCCAGACCAAACAGCUCCAUCACAGCCAGCAUCCUUGGAACACGAGCCAGAACCUGGAGCCCGGACCAGGGAACACCCCAGGCCGCAACGCACACGUAGGCCACCGGCAUACCUUGAGGACUAUGAAUGCAACCUCCCGGGCAGGACUGGAACUUAGAGGGGAGGGGUGUUAUGUACUGAGUUGAAUAGGAUCCAAACUGCAGCAGUCUGAUUGGUCCUAGAACAAUAGGAUCCAAAAUGCAGCAGUCUGAUUGGUCCUAGAACAAUAGGAUUCAGAAUGCAGCAGUCUGAUUGGUCCUAGAACAAUGCAGCAGUAUGAUUGGUUGGCAGGAACCACCCAAUCAUGCUCCAGAUAGAAGUGAAUCCACAACCUGAUUGGCUUACAGUAGAAUUCCGGAAUUAGCCAAUCAUGUGCAGCCCAUUGUGUAAAUAAUGUAUAUAAAGCAGAUACUGUGAGGGGACUUUCAUUCAUUCCUCCUCACCACUAUGAGCUGAAUAAAGAGCAUGAAAUCACUUUGCGACUCUGAGUAUAUUUCACCUUUCAUGCUGAUGGGGCAGUUCUAGGAUGCUGGAGACUGGAACUCUGCUGGGACCCUGCUGCAGAAAUAAUAAUGGAUCUUUGACCCUUGCCUCCAACCCUGGACCAUUCCACCACUGGGCCUUGCACCAGAAGGGGGCUUGCUCACCCUUUCCACGCACUAAGCAUCUCUCUCUCUCUUUCUCUUUCUUUUUCUCUCUCCGCAUUCAGUGCGUCGUAUUUGACUAUGACUCCCGGGGCAAACACGACUUCAUCGGAGAAUUUUACACCACCUUUGAGGAGAUGCAGAAAGCGAUGGGGGGCAACAAGGUUGGUGUGUGGAGAGGAGUGUGAGAGAGGCCCAUGGGGCAGCCCACAUCUGCCUGUAAUGGACAAGGGUUCCCCCUCUCAUUUUGGGGGCCCCUUGAGGAAGACAUGCUCCACAAGGAGCCCCUCUGCCAGUGAGCCACCCUCCUCCCUGCAAAGGGCUCUUUUCCAUGGGGCCCUGCUGGGGUGGGGACCCUUGGCAGAUGCCUAACCAUGCCAUCCCUUGGCACCAGCCCUUCCCACCCGCUUUCCCUUUCUUUGUUCUAGAGGACUUAGUGUGAGCAUGCCCUGGGAAGGAUGCCCCAAGGCUUGGCAUACACACAGUCAGGUUCCCCUUUCAUUCAGACCUUACCUGGUCCCAGCUGAACACAACAUGUGUCCAGCACCAGGUGUCGUGAUCUCGCUUGCUCAGACCCCCACUUGUCUUGAUGCAGCUUGCAAGGGAGACACCUGGUAUGGGAAGGGAACGCUUGCAUUUCCCGACCUCUCAUAAGGGCGGCACACCUACUCACCUUUGCUUCUCCUCCCCAAAUCAGAUCCAGUGGGAUUGUAUGAAUCCAAAGUACAAGCUGAAGAAGCGAAACUACAAGAACUCGGGUGUGGUCAUUCUCUUAGACUUGAAGGUGAGUUGUGCAGUGGGGGAAAUGUACACAGGAUGGGACAGUUUUCCUCUGAGAGAAGAGGCUGCACAGUGCCUGGGGGAGGGGGAAAUCUACAUGGGUAGAGAUAGAAGGGUAGCAAGACAUCUUUGCAACCCAGCAGAAGUGCUGAGCCUUUUGCUGCUGGCUACCCCUUCACUCCCCCAGUCUGGCUGUGUCAGUUUAGUAUCAGAGAGUAGGGAUGAGGAAGAAACUUGAUUCAGUUUGCAUUAAAAGGGGAACUGACCCCAUUUACACUUUCCCAAAAAGUAAGCAAACUAAUUCACGGUCAUCUUCAAAAUUCGCAGUUCUGAGAAUUUUGUAAAGUACUUCUCCAAACAAGUAAGGUGUUCAGAAAUACUGUACAUCUAAAAGAAUAAAGCAUGCAUAUAAAUGCAUAUGAUAAUGAAAGUAACAUACAAAUAUGCAUUACAUAUGGGGAAAUUGCUUUGGAAAAAUGUUUACGUUUGGCAAAACUGCAUACAGGGUUGUAUAUACUGGGAGAAAUUAACACUGAAAUGCUGAUGAAAACAUUUUAAAAAAACUAAACUAACCGAUGUGGAAUUGCAGAGAACUGAAUUUAAGAUUGGAAAAAAAUGAGAAAUGGAGAGAAAGCAAGAUGGAGUAUAUUUGCCCAUCUCUAACUGGGAAUUUCUCCAAAUCUUUCCCCUCUGGAAUCUGGUGGGUUGCUGAGCUGUAAGCAAAGCCAGGUCCUCACUGAAUUCCCCCCCCCCCCCGCCAACUUCGACCUGGAUGUGCAGCCUUAAUGGCUGCCUCCUCAUGCCUGGAAGACUGCAGGAGGAAGGUGGAUAUGCCCACCCAUGGCAUUGGCUAACACACUCUUUGUCUGAAAGAUUCACAGGGUCUACUCCUUCCUGGAUUACAUCAUGGGUGGUUGCCAGAUCCACUUCACGGUGAGUAGCAACGCUUGCCUUCCCCUGCUGCACAGUGAACCCAUUCUAGCCUCAACUGAACAUCAUAAGGAUGGUCUGGGUUUUUAAGGCAAGUCUUCUGAUGAGUGUGUGUCUUUCACUGGAGGCCAGUCCAUUAGGGCAAAUGGGGCACUGCUAUGCCCAGCCAUCCCCACCUGCCUGCCUUCUUACUUCCAACCAGUCCUAUCAGUUUCCUCCUCCUCAAUUACAAGUGUUGUCCUUGUAGAAUUCAGCAGGGAGAAGGAGGGUGGGGACAAAACUAGAGCUAGUUGGCUCUGCCUGCCAUUUGCUCUGGCGCCACCUACUGUUGGGCUCCCUCUCUUCUACCCUACCAGUCCCAAUGGGCACCAGCAUCAAUGCUCAGCCUGGAGGAGAAAGAUGGAAACAAAAGCAGAAUGUGUUUGCUCUGCCUGUCAUUGGCUCUGAAUCUGCCUGUUGUUGGCUCUGUUUCCACCUACUGUUGGCCUCCCUGCCUUCCAUCCUACCAGUCUAAAUGGGCACCAGUGAGCCCUUUAUAUUUCCAUAUGUGAAGCAGCAACAUCCUGCCUUUUCAUAUGCAGCAAAUCCAUGGGAGCCUGUCACUGUCCUGGAUCGCCAUGGUGGUUUAAGGUUCAAAAGCAUAUUCCACACAUUGCAAUAGAAUAGAAAUACAGAAAACCUUCCAAACACUGCAUAUGCUCAAAGGCAGUGUCGAUCUCAGCAAAAGCUAGGCUUGUCAACUCUCCUCCAUAUGGGGAUGUCACUUCCCUGGUUGCUGUCGCUAACACUGUUGUAGGAUACAGGCUUAGGGUAUGCUAUCUGCACACGUGUGCGCACAAACAGCCCUUGCCUUGGCAGGCCAGCUUGUCACGUGCAAAUCAACCACAGGCUUGGCCAGGCAGUUUUGCAAAUGGAGGCUUCUUCAGUGAUCCUCCCCCAGGCCUUGGUGAGCUGCCAGGUGGGCAUGUGUGGGGAGCAGCUCCUUUUCCUCCUUGGGCUUUCACAUUCCCUGCUGCCAGGCCUUCGCUGCAGCUUCGCACAGAUUUUUCUCCCUUGAAAACAACCAGCGCCCAGAUUGCGUUUUGAAAGAGCAACUCUCCUUCUUGGAGUGAGUCAGAUCCUAGAACAUUCAAGGAACAGAUUGCUGGCUCUCAGCCUCUCCGCUCGCUGGGAUACGAGCUGGGAACGAUCCCAGGAAUUAGAGGCUCGCCAUGUCUGGAGGUGCCAAGGCCUGUUGCUUGUUGGUGCCGCGGCGUAGAGGCGAACAGCAGAGCAAGAACGGAAUGGUAGCAGCAGGUGGCACAAAGCUGUGCUGUGCUUGGUGCUGCCCCUGGUGGGCAAAGUGGGAAAGUGCACCAAGAGGGCACUCCUCCCUUUGAGUCCAAGUCUAGUGGCAAAUGCCAGUUUUCAGGAGAUAUCAGGUUGGGAUGGAUCCAUUCAGCUACUUAGCAAGGGGAGAAGAAGGAAUCAUAGAACUGUAGAGUUGGAAAGGACAUCUAGUCCAACCUCCUGCAAUGCAGGAAUCUCAGCUAAAGAAUCCCUGGCAGAUGGCCAUCCGACUUCUGCUUCAAAACCUCCCAUGAUGGAGAGUCCACCACUUCUGAGGCAGUCCGUUCCACUGCCUAAUAGCUGUUGCCAUCAGUAAGUUCUUCCUAAAGUUUAGUUGGAAUCUCCGUUCUUGUAAUUUGAAUCCAUUGGUUCAAGUGCCGCCCUCUGGAGCAGCAGAAAACAAGCUUGCUUCAUCUUCCAAGGAAGAGAAAAGGCUCAUUGCUCUGGGCCCCUUUCACAUCCAUAGUCAGCAAAUUGCUUGGCAAAAUAGCAACCCUCUCCAACCUGGUGCCCUCAAGAUGUUUCGGAAAAGGACUACCAUCAGGUCCAGCCAGCACAGCUGUGUUGUCUGGGGCUUCUGGGAGUUACAGGGUGCUUCACUGCUGUGUGGGAUGAAUAUAAGUGCCUACGAGGAAGCUUAAGUUUGGGCAGUGGAUUAAAGCACCCUAACACAACAAAUCCACUUUAGAAAAAGAAACCCUCUUUUCUCAAUUAGGAAAGUCACAGGAAAAUGCUUUGAAAAGUGUGGAAUGAAUGAAUGAUCAGUGGGAGAUGCCUAACUGCUAUGCUGGCAAAUCAGGAUGAAUGUAAGAUGAAUGCUUUAUGCCUCAUUGGAAGGGAGCUCAUUGGUAUAGUGUGUUGGACCUGAGAGCAUGGGCAUAGGCAAGAUUUAUGUGGGAGGGGGGCAGGAGUUGGACUGAGCUAUCUGCAAUGCAAUCGGUAGUUAAGUAUUUUUAUUUAUUUACUUGAUGGGAGGCAGCUGUCCCGCCCCGCCCCCCCCCCCGGCUACGCCUAUGCCUGGGAGACCAGGGUUCAAAUCCCCGCUCGGUCAUGAAGCUCAGUGGGUGACCUUGGGCCAGCCCCUCUCCCUCUCAGCCUAACCUACCUUGCAGGGUUGUUGUGGGGAUUAAAUGAGGAAGGGGAAGAACCAUAUCCACCACCCUGAGCUCCUUGGAGAAAAAGAUGGGAUAUAAAUGUGUUAAAUAAAUAAAUUAGAAGUUCCCCCGCAAAGAAAUCUGAAGGAAUGCUCAGUAAGGACUGGAUCUUUUCUAAGCUCGGUGUCAGCUUUGCGCGAACAAGUCAAGAUGAAAGCUCAAUAAAUGGGAGUCAUCUGCGGAGCUGAUAGUCAGAAACAUCGGCUGGCCGGGUGUGCAUGCUGCGUUGGGGAGGCUUUGCCAGAUAUUUCAGGGUUGCUCCAAACUCUCCUUGUAAAACUGCUAAGCACUGCAGCUGGAGAUGGAGUGAGGAUCUUAGCAGAGCUUCCUGGUUCUGCCUUGUUGAGUGGGAGGCGGCCAUCGUCAAGGCUACCACCUUCAAGCCUACCACUUUGGGAUCUAUCUGCCGCCUGCUAACUCGCUUCUGGUUUUGACGGGUCUAUUCUCAUAAACCUGCAAACGGCACGUCUGCAUCACCGCAUGAACGGUUUAUUUCAACCCAGUAAACACACUUGGAGCGCCUGUUCUUUUCUCGGCUGAGAGAGGUGUGAAAGCGGAGAGCAAGUGGGAGAAUGAGGCGGCUGCUUUGUUAAGGCAAAUACAAAUUGUUGUGACUUUCCUAUCAGGCAUCUGUGAGAAGGGCGAUCUGUGCGGGUUGCACUGAGGCAGUUCCCGGCUAGACAAAAGCCUUGUCACAAGCGUGUCAGUUGUUGCAGGCAUUUUGUUUCCAUGGGAACUAAUUGUUAGAACAUUUUCUGGGUGUGUGCGCAAAAGACAGAACUCCCCACCCGCAGCAAAGGGAUGUUUUAAUCUAGGUGUCUGUGUUGUAAAAGAAGAACAGACUGUAGUUUGAGUGAAACUGAGAGAAAGAAGCAGGGAAAUGCUCUUGUAAGCAUCUUAGUGUGUUGCCUGUCUGCACUGAGAUCUGAUGUGGGGACCGUGGACUUUGGCAUGUUUAAACCAAAACUAGAGGAUCUGUAACAUUUCAGGGUAGUUUGGAAUCCCACCAUCCCCAAUCACCCUGGCAGACCAUCACAAAUGAAAACACGAAUUGCUGUUUGUUCCGAUUCAGCGUUAAAUAGCGUGUUUUCCUGGGGAAAGUGGGGGGGGGGGGACAACACUCGGACAUGGAACUUUAAAGGAAGGAAACGUGUGGCAAAAGGUAAGUGCGGAUGUGAGGUUAUCCAAGAGGAUAAUUUGGCUAACCAUUGGAGGAUCCUUCUGUGUUAUAUUUCCUCUCUGCUCUUCUGCCUUCCCAGGUGGCCAUUGACUUCACAGCUUCCAACGGAGACCCCCGAAACAGCUGCUCCCUCCACUACAUCAACCCCUACCAGCCCAAUGAAUACCUGAAGGCAUUGGUAGCCGUGGGGGAGAUUUGCCAAGACUAUGACAGGUGACCCGAUGUGUCUUGGCUCCUACUCUUGCUUCCUGACCAGACCUGAGCUCCCUUACCUCUUACUCACCAGCCCUGCCUAAGAACAUCUGGGCUGGGGCGGGGCAGAGAGAGUAGGGCAUGAACAGUCACAACAUCCAUGUGUUGGGGGGGGGGGAGGACACUGGGGGCUUGGAGCUCACAAGUCUGCCUCCUCUUUCAGCCAAGCUUGUUUGUAGAAGGAGGAGGAUUUUGGACUCCAGCUCCCAUCAGCCCCAGACAGCAUGGCCAGGGUUCAGGGAUGAUGGGAGUUGUAGUCUGGCAGCACCUGGAGAGCCACCAGUUCUCUACUCCUGCUGUAGCAUAUUCAUCAACGUACUUGGUAUACCAGAGUCAUCCAGGUAUACCUGGAAUGAACACAAUUGUGUCUUGAAGAACAUGGUCAGGACCAAAUGAGAUGUGGUCUUAAAUGCAUCUUCAGUUAAUUAUUUUAUUGCUUUGUAUCCUGCCUUGCAUCCAUCAUGGAACCUAAGGUAGUGUACAGAUAGUUCCCAGGUGUUCACCUAUCCAGACACUGACCAGACACAGACCUUCUUAGCUUCAGGAACAUGGGGGUGGCCUCCAGUGCCUUUGGACUAUACCCUUUGCAUUUAAUGUGCACACUUUUUAAAAAUAAUGCAGAGAGCUGAUGGGUGGGUGGGGCUGAUCAUUUUUCAGAUCUGAACAGGUGAGAAGAGGAGUUUAGUCCUUUCCUUAUCUGCUGACAUGUGUGGCACUGUUGUCUAAAUCAUUGAGCCUCUUGGGCUUGCUGAUCGGAAGGUCGGCUGUUUGAAUCCAUGCAACGGUGCUCUGUCCCAGCUUCUGCCAACUUAGCAGUUUGAAAGUACACUAGUGCAAGUAGAUAAAUAGGAACUCCUGUGGCGGGAAAGUAAAUGGCGUUUCCAUGAGCUCUGACUUCCGUCACGGUGUUCCAUUGUGACAGAAGCGGUUUAGUCAUGCUGGCCACAUGACCCAGAAAGCUGUCUGUGGACAAAUGCCGGCUCCCUCGGCCUGAAAAGCGAGACGAACACUGCACCCCAUAGUCACCUUUCACUGGACUUAACCAUCCAGGGAGUCCUUUACCUUUUUUUUACCUUUACAUCUGCUGUACUUCUAACAAAAGUUCCAGGUUCCAUCCCAAUGCAACUAGCUGCUCUGGGGAAAGCCAUUUUCAUCAAGCUAAACUCUCCUUCCAAACCUGCUGCACUUCUGAUAAUUAUCGCCACCCCCUAGAAGCUAUUGUGUGCAUUUACAAAAAUGCACAUUAAAUGAAGAUGCAUUUAACAGUUGCAUCCAGUUUCACCCUCAGUGCUAGAACAGUUGCACAAACAACCAUUGUGUCUGCUUGGGCUGAUAAUGUUUCAUCCCCAGCAACAAGGGAGAAUAGUGCACAAACAUCAUCUCUGCACCACAAUAAUGAAGGAUGAUGGGGAAAACCUCUCACAUGGUGAGGCUGGAUGUCCUGGGCUGUCCCUGAGCAUCUUCCAGAAGUGGGUGGGUGGAGGAACAGCAAAGAGGUCACUGGUCACAUCUGCACCAUACAUUUAAAGCCACCACACACAGCUUCCUCCAAUGAAUCAUGGCACUGUAGUCCACUACUAACAGAGCUAUAGUUCCCAGCACCCUUAACAAAGUACAGUUCCCAGGAUAGCUUGGGGAAAGCCAUCUGCUUAAAAUAUAUUGUGUGGGUGUUAAAGUGUGAAUGUGACCUUGGUUUCUUGGGGCGCCUCUUCAUGCGUUUACGGUUCCAAACCAAGAAUGCAGGGAAACCAUUCCAGUGCACACCCUAAGACCUUGCACCCUGCUUCUCCGCAGUGAUAAGAAAUUCUCCGCCUUAGGCUUUGGAGCCAGAAUUCCACCCAACUACGAAGUAAGUGAAGGCCCAUCUGGGAAAUGAUGGGGCUGGGAGGGCAAAGAGGCCCCUGGACAGGGUUGGAAAUAAGGGAGGAUGGGGAGGGAUCAGUGCCAGAGGAGGGUGCAAGAAGGAGGGGCUGGUGUUGUGGAUCCCUUUCAUAUACAUGCUGAUGUUUGUCUUUCCUGUCCUGGGCAGAUCUCCCAUGAUUUUGCCAUUAACUUCAACCCAAAUGAUGAUGAGUGUGAAGGUAAGAAACUGACCAGGGUUGCUUUGGAGUCUUCAUUCCACCACCCCCAUAAUGCCUUAGUCCAUCACCCCCCCAACCCCUGAGUCCAUCAGGACUGUACUUGUACCUGGAUUGGCACUUCCAGAUCUGUUUUCAGGAGAGGGCCAUAGCUCAGCAGGAAGAGCCUUGGCUUUGCAUGCAAAAAAUCUCAGGUUCAAUUCCUUGAAGCAUCUCCAGCUGGGACUGGAAAAUGUUCCUGCUUGAAACCCUGGAGAUUGCCUUAUCACAGUGCUCCACUGAAGGCAAUGGCUUCUGGCCACCCCUAACCCCAGCCUUUCCCUCUUCAUGCUAGGAAUCCAAGGCGUGGUGGAGUCCUAUCAAAACUGCUUGCCCAAGAUACAGCUCUACGGGCCAACCAAUGUGGCGCCAAUCAUUUCCAAGGUAGCCAGAGUCGCAGCAGACGAGGAGAAGACAAAGGAAGCCUCCGUAAGUGGGCCACCAAGCCUGGGGCUGCAGCUCAGUUGUGGAGUGCCUGCUUUGUAUGCAGAAGGCUCCAGGUUCAAUCCAUGGCAUCUCCAGGCAGGGCUGGGAGAGUCUCCUGCCCAAGACCCUGAAGAGCUGCUGCCAGUUAAAGGGUCAGCAGUACUAAGCUAGGUGGACCAGUGGCUUCCUAGGUUCCCUGCAUUUUCUCACCAUAGCUCGGUAGCAGAGCAUCUGCUAUGUAUCCAGAAAGUACCAUGUUCAAUCCUGGCAUCUCCAGGCAGGGCUGGGAAAGUAUCCUUCCUGAAACCCUGGAGAGUUGCUGUCAGUCAGCACAGACAACACUGAGCUCCCUGGUCCUUCCUCUGCCUUGGCACCGUCCUAUGUUCUGAGAUGGUUAGGAUGGCAAGGCUGCUCUUAUCCCAGAAUUUCAAGGAUUUGUGUGUGAGCUUGAAUUUGGAUGCUUCAUAGCCCUGCCCCCUCACCCCGCCCUGCUUGAUGGAAAUCUACCGAGUGCUGGGGCUGGGGGAUUCACAUUCUGGAGGGUUUGCUUGGGCCAUUUGCAUGCAUGCACGAAAGCCCUGGACAGGCUAAAGGGACUUUAACUAAAUUCUCCUUCAUUAUUUACACACGCCAAGUACUCUGGGACCCAGGGACAUGCCAGUUUGGAUUCUUCAGGGAUCAUGUCAGCUCUUUGCUUGCUAAAUGUCUGAAAGCUUUGCUGCUGAGCCCAUCAAUUAGUGACAGUAGUUAAUGUGGCGUUACGGGCCUGAGCUUCAGGUGGGUGGGUGGGGGCUGGAAAUUGCAUUUCCCUAACUUGGUUUGAGCUGUGCAUGAAGGAUGCCAACCUGAGGGGGCUUUCUUUGGGGUGGGGGUAAGCAGAAACUGUUGUGGGCUCAGUGAAUGUGAUGACAGGGAAUAGCAAGCAGGGGGAUGUGAACCCCUGCAGUUGUUGUUGGACUCCAGCUCCCAGCAGCUCCCAGAGCCAAUGCCUAAGGAUGAGAGGAAUUGUAGGCCAGCAAUUUCCGUUGGACAUAGGGACCCUCUGUGCUGGUGACCUCAAGGCUUUUAUUGGUACCCUGAAAGCUGCAUCUCCUCUUUGGUCUUUGUGCUGCACUCUCUGUUGUGGGCAGCCUGCUGGAUGCUUAUGGGAAGAGGCCAGAAACCAUCUUGGUUAUGAGUCCUGGGGGACCUUCUCCCUGCCUUGCAGGCCUUUUCCACCUGGCCUGGGAGGGUGGGGCCAAGACUGACUCCAGCUACAAAAGUUGAGGCUGCGGAACAGACUCUUGAGCUGGGGUAAUAUUUAGGGUUUUUUGUUAUGGACAUUGUUCAGCAUGUGCUUUUUAUUCAUUGUUCAUGACUACUAUUGUUAUUUUUGUGAUUAUAUAUUUUUAUUUUAUUUAUUUAUUUAUUUAUUUUAGAAUUUGUAAGCCACCUUGAGCAUGGUUUUAACUUUGGAAAAGUGGCAUUCAAAUAAAAUGCAUCUUGUAUGAGGAACUGUGGUCCAAAUUCCCGCAAUGAACCUUGGAGAUCCUUUUGGGGCUGGACCUUCUAGCCGCCCUCCUGGUUCCCUUUCCCCUGACCCCUCAUCUUUUCAUCUCUCUAUCUCUCUCUUUCUCUCUCCGCAGCAAUAUUUCAUCCUGCUGAUCCUGACAGACGGGGUCGUGAGUGACAUGGGAGACACGCGGGAGGCCAUCGUCCGGGCAUCCUACCUGCCCAUGUCCAUCAUCAUCGUAGGUGUGGGCAACGCCGAUUUCACUGACAUGCAGGUCUUGGAUGGGGAUGAUGGCAUCCUGCGCUCCCCCAAAGGCGAGCCCGUCCUGCGUGACAUCGUGCAGUUUGUCCCCUUCCGAGAGUUCAAGAAUGUAAGUUGCCCUGCAAUGCAGACACACUUGUAUCUUCCCCCUAGUUUCUCCCACUCUGUUAGGACAGACUCGUUUUCUCUCUGGUGUUGCAUGCAUCUCUUACAGAUUCUAAACCCAGAGUUACAGGAUCACAGGGCUGGAGGGUACCCUCUUCUUAACACAUCUGACACUAACUCCUCUUAGUACCAGCCUGGCUGGAAUGUGUCCUUGAACUCUGAUCAUGCCUCUCAGUUGCCUGGGUGGAGGGUAGAGCAGGUGUUUGUGAGUGUCUGUAGCACCUAGUCUACUGAUUUUUAUUUCAGGAAGCUUACCUAGGCAUAUGAUUUAGUUCUGCCUACUUGUCUUUAACAUUUUGCUGAGUUUAUGUGUGCAUUAUCAAUAAUUGUUUUAUGCACACCACUUAGAGGUUGUUUUUUUUAAAAAAAGAAACAUCUCACUUUUAAAAGAAAUUAUAAACAACACCGGUUCUAAAUCCAUUUACAAUAUACACAUUAUACUUAUAGUAUCAUAACACAAAUUGCAGUAUAAAAUCUCCAUUUCGGGGGGGAAAUCUACUGUAUCCAGUAAAUCUACUUAAUUAUAAGAUACAAUGAAUGGAGACACCCCCUUUUUAGAUAAAUUAAUGAAUAACAUUUGGCAAACUAUUUAAUUCCAUUUCCAUUAUAUUUCACAGACUUAAAUGUCUCCCCACAAGGGGUAUGGGUUUACUGAGUUCGCAGUUUUUUAUUACGUGGUUUAUCCAUUCCCCCCCCAAUCAAAAAUAAAUAAAUAUGAUUGGGUUGUAAAAAAGAAGAAAGAAAUUAGCCUUCUCUACAAAGGUAAAAAAAAAAACAUUUCUUGCUCUGCCUGCUUUUGCCCUCGAACUGAAAAGGGAUCCCCCAACCCCUGAUUUUGCAACUGAAGAGCACAAUGGUGCAGGAAGAGUGAUCUGGGCCACUAGCAUAGACUGUGACUUGCAGUGUCUCCCCUGAAACCCUCCCAGCCCUGAAACAUGAGGGGGUGGAGAGGGCUGAGUGGUAUAGGGGCAGGGCAGGACAGGCCUGCUGGGGGUUUUCUCUUUCACUUUGCCUGUUUUCUCACUCCACAGCAUGUCGGAAAGGAAAAUCCAUAGUUGGGUAUUUCUGGCAGCCGGAGGCACAAGACGCUUGGCCAUUGCGAAGGCCUAAUUGGGCUUGAUUGUCAGUAAUUUAGGCCUCGGGAGACAAGCUGUCUGUUGCUGAGCCCGAGUAAGCUGUGAGGCGAGAUUAACCCUCUGGGCCCUGGCGCCAAGAGCGCCGAGAAGUGACAGGCGCUAUUAGUCGAGAGAGAGGCAGACGCGGACCUUCUCUGCGGGAAGGAGGAGGGAGACAACUUGCCCUUCCUCAGAAUGCCCUCAUCCUGGCAACAUUCCCAGUUCUGCUCAGGAGGAGGAAGGGAAGCAGCAAAGCAGGGGCUUGUCUUCUGUGGAGCGGGGGACCUUGCAAGGCUAUGAGGUCUCUGCAUCAGGGAUUUUUGGGGAGGGCUGUGACUCAGUGGCAGAGCUCCUGCUUUGCAUGCAGAAAGUUCCAAGUUAAAUCCCCGUCAUCUCCAAAAAGAGUUGGGAGGGACCCAUGUCUGAAGCCCUGGAGAACCACUGCCAGUCAGUGCAGACUAACUGGGCCCAGGAUAGGUCCCCAUUUAGUUCGUUCAGUCAUUCACUACAAGCUGCAUCUACCUGCCCCCACCUGAUGUAGCAUCAGGUCUGGGGAGGAUACAGCUACAAAUGGACAAUGGGGAGCUUAAUGUGACCUCCCAAUUAUUCCUUUGCUAGCUGGGCUCCCAGCUGAUCAGCACUGGCAGGGGGCUAUGUUGGGAUGGCCUGUACUAGGCAGCUCCCCACUGGGAAAUCCCUAGUGCAGCCAAGACGGCUGGAGGAAGCAGUUUGGAGCAGAGGAAGCAGUAUGGAUUCAAAACGGACUUCAUAGGAGCUCUCUGUAAACCACACCUUUGAAGGCAAGCUCCAGACCCAGUCAGCUGAUUGACACGGGAAGUGCAUCUUAAAAGGAAACUGCUGUAUCUGCCAAGCAGCUGGUGGCGGCCACCUCUUUUGAACCGUGGCAGGUGUCAGUCACCUGUUGUCAUUGUGGCACCAGGUGAUUGACAGGUAGGCAGUCCUGCUCACAUAUUAAAGUUCACCCAGAGGGGCAGAAUGGGUGAAAAUCAGGAAUCUUGCCUGCUGGUUGAAUCCAGUUUUCCACUCUGGUUGUGUAGACAACACUGAGCUAUGGUCUGGCUGUUUCCUAGGUUCCUAAUCCUAAAGUGUCAGCACGCAGCAACAUGUCCUUCCUAAUGGCCAUUGAUGCAUUUUGAGCUAACCUUUUCCUUCCUCUUCCUUCCAGGCCUCCCCGACUGCCCUGGCCAAAUGUGUGUUGGCAGAGGUGCCCAAGCAGGUUGUGGAAUAUUACAGCUACAAGGCCUUACCUCCCCGAUGCCCCAAAGGCAGCACCCCUGACCCGACUCUGAACUCACCCUCACCCCAGUGA